ACUAGCCCCGCCUCUUCCUCUCGGUCCCAUAUUGAACUCGAGUUGGAAGAGGCGAGUCCGGUCUCAAAAUGGAGGUAAAACCGCCGCCCGGUCGCCCCCAGCCCGACUCCGGCCGUCGCCGCCGUCGCCGGGGGGAGGAGGGCCAUGAUCCAAAGGAACCAGAGCAGCUGCGGAAGCUGUUUAUUGGUGGUCUGAGCUUCGAAACUACAGAUGAUAGUUUAAGAGAACAUUUUGAGAAAUGGGGCACACUCACAGAUUGUGUGGUAAUGAGAGAUCCUCAGACAAAACGUUCCAGGGGCUUCGGUUUUGUGACUUAUUCUUGUGUUGAAGAGGUGGAUGCAGCCAUGUGUGCUAGACCCCACAAGGUUGAUGGACGUGUUGUGGAACCAAAGAGAGCGGUUUCUAGAGAGGAUUCUGUGAAGCCAGGAGCCCAUCUAACAGUGAAGAAAAUUUUUGUUGGUGGUAUUAAAGAAGAUACAGAAGAAUAUAAUUUGAGAGACUACUUUGAAAAAUAUGGUAAGAUUGAAACCAUAGAAGUUAUGGAAGACCGGCAGAGUGGAAAAAAGAGAGGAUUUGCUUUUGUAACUUUUGAUGAUCAUGAUACAGUUGAUAAAAUUGUUGUUCAGAAAUACCACACUAUUAAUGGGCAUAAUUGUGAAGUGAAAAAAGCCCUUUCUAAACAAGAGAUGCAGUCUGCUGGAUCACAAAGAGGUCGUGGAGGUGGAUCUGGCAACUUUAUGGGUCGUGGAGGAAACUUUGGAGGUGGUGGAGGUAAUUUUGGACGUGGUGGAAACUUUGGUGGAAGAGGAGGCUAUGGUGGUGGAGGUGGUGGCAGCAGAGGUAGCUAUGGAGGAGGUGAUGGUGGAUACAAUGGAUUUGGAGGUGAUGGUGGCAACUAUGGCGGCGGUCCUGGUUAUAGUAGUAGAGGAGGCUAUGGUGGUGGUGGACCAGGUUAUGGAAACCAAGGUGGAGGAUAUGGUGGUGGUGGAGGAGGAUAUGAUGGUUACAAUGAAGGAGGAAAUUUUGGUGGUGGUAACUACGGUGGUGGUGGCAACUAUAAUGAUUUUGGAAAUUACAGUGGACAACAGCAAUCAAAUUAUGGACCCAUGAAGGGGGGCAGUUUUGGUGGAAGAAGCUCUGGCAGUCCAUAUGGUGGUGGUUAUGGAUCUGGUGGUGGAAGUGGUGGAUAUGGUAGCAGAAGGUUUUAAAAACAACAGAAAAAGGGUUGAAUGUGAACCCUACUUGCCUAAAUGAGGAAUGUCUUUCCUACCAUCUUAAAUACGAAGGUUUCUGGCUGGGUAAGGUUUGUAGCUCACAGUAAAACCUAUGACAUUUAUUUUCCCACAAAUCUAUUACAUAUUUAGAAUUUCAUCCCCCACUAGUAGGGACAUUGGCGAGAUUCUCAAGCUGAAUUUUUGGUACCACAUUCAAACUUUAAAGCCUUCGCUUUUUUAAUUCCCCUGCAAUAACCAUUAGUGUUCAUAAGUUAGACAUGGCAUUUUUUUUCAUCUAUAUAGAUAGAGUUCAUUAAGUGUCUAGGGUAAUACAGUUUCCAGUAAAGGAAAGUAUGAAAACUUUAUUGUAAUAAGCAUAACUUCUGACAUGAUUAAGCUGCCAAUCCUCAUGCUUAGGAAAAACACAAUGAAUUUAACACAGUUGAUGAAACAGGAUCUCUGUUCAAGUGUCCUCAAGUUAUCUUGCACGCAAACUUAAUUAUUUGUACCAGCAGGUUAAAUUUUGUUUGGUUUAUCUUAACAGUAAGGUUCUGAUACUACUUCUAAAAGUCACCUUUCCCCCCACAUUUUGGUUGCUACUUAAAUCAGUUGCUGAUUGUCAUAAGGGCUACUUUUUCUGCCCUAAAAGGGCUUGUUAAAAAUUGAGGUUUAAUUUAUUAACACUUCAGGGGACAGUCACUCCAAAUGUACUAGUUUCUAAGUUGUAAGUCAGUGUCUUAACAUGAACAGCAAUAGCUCACCAGAGUGUAUUUGCAGAGAAAGGUUGGGUCUAGAUCAGAACUGGAAUUUCUCAAUCAGAAUUAAGGUAAUAACCUUUCUACAUGGUUUAGUUAAAAAAGGGAAACUUUCUUUUAAAGGUAUUUUCAUUUCAUCUGAAAUAAAGUGAUUUUAUUUAAACACAGUUCCAUUGUCAUUUCUGAAAAAUCAGUUAUAGUGCCAAUAAAGGAUGUUAUAGGAAAUGGUCAGGGGAAAUUUCAAUCUUUAAACCUAUAGGUUUUUGUUUCCAAUACUGCAUUUUUAAGGUAAACUUACAUAUUUUUCAUGUCCUAAAAAUAACUGGUAAAAGUCUCACUGUUAGAGGACUAAAUAGAAAUAGGCUUAAAUUCAAGGUUUUCAGUUGUCUCAGUAUGAAAUACUUCUCAACUUUCAGGUUGGUGUCACAAAGGUAGUGCAUAAGCAUGCUAAUGAUGCAGAAGUUGUGUAUGGUUUGUUAGCCUGUCCACAAUUUUAGAGCUUGUUUUCUGAUUUUUAAGACAUAAGAGGUGGUCUGUAAUGGAUUUAAAUGUUUCAUUUGUAGCAUAAUGAAAUGUUUACAGAAAGAUAACUUUUUCAUUAAACUAUUUUUUAGAAAUUUGUGUCUUGUUUUGUUACUUUAGUGUUCAUAAUACAGGUAAAACUUCGAUAGCAAAAGCUUGUUUUAAAAGGAAGUCUAUUGAAUGGAAAGGUUAGAAUAAAGGUACUUUUGAAGAUUUACUGCUAUUUUUAAAAGGACACUUAUAUCUUGGACAGGAGUAAUUGGGCAAUUGGAUGCAUGAGAAGAAACACGCUGGGAAAGAAUUGUGUGUUGGGGGUAAAGUGGUUUCUUACACUUGAAUAGACAAAUGGAACAUAAUUUUAUGAGUAGGGGAAAGGUUAUAUGAAAACGUUAACCUACAGCAAAUUUAACCCAAAUGAAAGGUACAAGGAUAUGCUUAUAGUCACUAGAUUUGGUUAUAUUGGUUGUAGUUUGGGUUGAUAAUGUGGUUUUAAAACUACAGCAUUGCAUAUUGGUAUUUCUAGCUUUAAAAGCUUAAUAGCUGUUAGUAUCAUUUGAAUAUGCUUUGAGUUGAAGUAUUCUAGAGUCAGAUAAGGAUUUUGUGGUUUGCUGUUAACAGGAUCCUAAGGUUCUCAUAUCAAACUGGUUUUAUAUAAGUGUGUUAUGUACAGUUAAGUGAUCUUAAGUAGAUGUAUAUCUUAAUAAUACAUGAUACCUGAAGUCAGAACAAGAAUACUUACAGGAAGCAUACUUUUUUUUCAGAAUGAAAACAACAGGGAAACAUUUGAGUGUUGCAGCUAUUAAAUUGGAAAAUGCAGUGUUUCUUUGCAAAUAUGGGACCUUGUUCUAUAUUAUAUUGGUUUAACUUUGGAUUGAAUGAAUUAUGUCAAGUUUUGGGCCACUUAGCAAAAUAAGCUAAUUUUGCUUAUCCUGAUUUCAGACUGCCAUGUAAUGGCAAGGGGUGCGGUUCGUUGAGCUGCAUGCAUGUUAAUGUAACUAAUUGGCAAAGCUCUGAAAGCUAGCUAGAAAAUAAUUCCAGUGUUGGUGUAGUAAUGGGUCAAGUUAGGCAAAGGGGUUAAUUAAUGGCUUUGGAUUAUUUUAAAGGUAGAGCUGGUUAAAUUGGGCUAAGUUACAUCCAUGUAUAAUCAUGAAUGUAAUUAAAUGGUUUUUAACAGGAAAGGUUUCUGUUAGAUGUUAACAGACUUUUCUUAAUAAACAUGUAGAUUUACAUUCUUUAAAAUACACCAGGGCUAGAGGUAUGGCUGAAAGCCCCCAGUUUAAACCCUCGUAUCACCAAGGCAUUUGUCACUUUCAUUGGGUUGUUGAUUUGUAGUCAAAUCUCACUGUCUUGAUUUCAAUAGGUAUUAAAGAAUGUAAUUAAGAUUUUGUUACUCUCAUUCUUAAAUUUUGUCAAUCCGAUUUAAGCAACUUAGCUUUGUUUUGACCAUUGUCAAGUUAUUUGGAAGUUUUGUGUUCAUUUCUUUCUGGCUGUUCGAUAAUAUCAACAGACCUUCUCAAAUGGUGACCUUAUGUGCAUACAUGUGGAGUUUAGAUAUUUCAGUGACUAAUAAAGUAUUUUGUGACUUA